AUGGUGCAAGACCUUCCGGUGGACUUGCAGCUGGAAGACGUGGCUUCAAGACUAUAUCAGGCUCAAGAGGAGCGUAAAGCAGUUGAGGAGCAAGUGGGUUCAGGCAAGUACCCGCUGAGCAUUGCCAGGCCAAAGAGGCGUGCAGGAUGUGCAGCUGUAAAAAGCUCGUCUCUGAAUGCUGGUAAUGCGCAAAGACUUCUCAGGGUACAACAGGAUCCCAGGCUCUUGGAGAUGCAGGAAGCGCUUUCCUCAAAUCCUACAUCCGAGUAUCCAAGCGAAACCAAAGCUGUUUGGCUGGUACACUUCCGUCAGGGACUUCGAAAGCUUAUUGACUCCGUGGCUAUGAGCCCCAAUCCUGAUGCAGCCGAAAGGCAACUCGAUGAAGCGUACAGAUGGUACCAGAAGGCAAGAAGACCCGCACACCACGCACUGACUUCCUGUACCACAGGACCAGGCUUCCACGAUUUCUGUGCCGAAGAGGUGCUGCGGCACCCAGCUCCCCCAGGUUCCGCAUUCUUCGUGCCAGAAGCCCUUGAUAGGGAGCGUCCCGGCCGGUCUGCCUCCCAUGACAGCACCAAGUUCGAGGCACUUUCGGCCGCGCUUCCGACAGUUGCUGGUCGUCACGCUGUCCAGGUGAAGCUGGCUUCGCCGAGGGAGCGCCUCAAGGAAUUCAGCACCAGACAGCUCGUUCGACCGCUUACAGCGCGAAAACUAAAGGACUUAGAGCAUCGCGCAGAGGUGGAUCUGGAACGGCCUCUCACUCCAUCCACAACUUGCGGAGGCCUCACCGCACGGUCAAUGGUCUCAGCCAGGUCACCGACGCCUGCACAUGCUGCAGCCUCACGGCCAACAUCGGCCAUGAGCAUCGGUCAAACUACCACAAGUCGAGCUGUGACACCACGCAGCUUCGACAGGCGGCGCAGGCCACAGUCUGCGGCGUCCAACACGUCUACAGUAGCUGGGCUGCCGCAAACACUUGAGGAGGAGAUCGCGCUUCAGCUCGACGAUGAUUAUCAUACGCUGCCAUAUCCAGCAACCGAAGCCGAGCACAGGAUGGAGAAGCGCUGGCUGUCAAAGCGGAACCGUGCUAUCACAGACAAGGUCGUCGGGGAAGAGCAGCGCACGGCUGUUCGUGACUGGGCAGAGCGCCGUGCACGCGUGGAAGAAGAAAUAUCGAGGAACGCAGAGGCCAGUCGUUUUCAAUGCGCACUUGACCGACGACGGUACUGCGAGCCAGCAGAUGCGCUUGAGGACAUCGAUGCCACCGUCGCUGACGACGAGGUGGAAGGUCACGUUGUGCAGCGAGUUGCAAGUCAACACAGGAGGCCGAGCGAGCCAGUACGGGUGGAUGUCUCCCAACCCAAGGGCUACUCCUUUCAGGUUGCGGCUCGUUUCGCUGAAGAGAAGAAGCCGAAGGCCUUGAACUCGAGGAUUGCGCACCUCCGGCGGAUCCAUGCGCACUUGAUCGAGGACGAGCGGCCCAAGUCCGAUGAAGAGAACGAGGACGAAGGUGAGGAAGAGGAGGAACCGCAUGCACAGAAAGCGACCCCAGUCAUGCUCAGUCCUUAUGCUGCCCAAGAUGACGACCGGGCAGCUGUUCCUCGAAUGGAGGACGACUCAGAUGUCUUGGUGGGUAUCUGCGACUGGUGGGGUACUUUGCAUCCGCCGAUCAUUCCUCCGCCUGAUGGGACCGGCGUGACAUUGGACGAGAUACGCUUCCAGCAGCUGCAAGAAGUGGAGGAAAUCAAGCGGGUUUGCGCCCGAAGGAGCUAUCCCGUGAAUGUUGGAGUCCUGGAAAGAGCCCUGGUCAUGCCCGCACACAAGCUCAAUCCUGGUCACCUGAACGGCAUCUACAUCGUGAACACCAGCCCGGACCUGCUGUCCAAUCCGUUUUUAGCAAAGAAAAAGAAGAUCAAGAAGAAAAAGAAGCUUGGAAAGGCUGGUCUCAACCGAGGAAGGAUGCAUGCAGAGCAAGCAUCUCUGCAGUCCGCAGAGUGCCACAAGCGUGCACUGGACGCGGUUCAGGAGGUGCUGAUGGAGUGCAUUCCCUGGACAGAGAAUAUCAUCUUGCUUUCGGACAGCUACAAGGUCAGCCACUGGAAGCAGUACCCUCCUGGAACGCAGUACGUUUAUAGUUAUUUCGAAAGUCGCGGUUGUGAGAAUGACGAAUGGAAAGAAGUCGUCUUUUUCGGCCUUCAGUAUUUCAUCAAGCGGUACUUGCUCGGCCAGGUCGUGACCAAGGAGAAGAUCGACGAGGCCGCAGAGCUCUACGCAGAGCACUUCGGAGAUGACAAAUCUCUGUUCUACCGUGAGGGAUGGGAGUACAUCUUGAAGGAGCAUGGCGGAAGGCUGCCUGUUCACAUCAAGGCCGUCCCAGAAGGCAUGGUUAUCCCCACAAAGACUGCUUUGUUCACUCUUGUGAACACUGAUCCCAAAUGCUUCUGGCUGACUAACUUCUUGGAGACGUUGCUGGUGCAGGUUUGGUACCCAAUGACCGUCUGCACACAAAGCCGAUUUCAGAAGAUUUCAAUUGCCAAAUACUUGGAGGAGACGGGAAACACAGACUGGACGAUCCCCGGUGGCGUCUGCUUCAAACUGCAUGACUUCGGCUUCCGCGGAGUUUCCUCCGUUGAGUCUGCGGCAAUUGGAGGAUGUGCGCACCUGGUGAACUUCCUUGGCACUGACACCGUUGCUGCCAUGAUCUGUGCCAGGGACUACUAUGGAGCGAAAAAGGCAGCCGGUGGGUCCAUUCCAGCUUCGGAACACUCCACCAUUACGUCCUGGGGCGUCGACGGUGAGGUCGAUGCUAUGAGGAACAUGCUGGAACAAUAUCCGGAAGGGCUGGUGGCUUGCGUCUCGGACUCCUUCGACAUCUGGCGUGCAUGCAAAGACUACUGGGGUGACAAGCUCAAGGAUCUCAUCAAGGGCCGCAUCACCGACACCAAGUUUGGUCGUCUGGUCGUGCGGCCUGACAGUGGUGAUCCAGCAGAGACUUGCACAGCCAUCCUCAAGAUUCUUCUCGAGCAGUUCAAGGAAGAUGUGACGCUGACACCGACAGGACAUAAGCUGCUGCCUGCGUACAUCCGUGUCAUCCAGGGUGACGGCGUCGACUGGCAGUCCAUUCCCAAGAUCCUUGAGAAGCUCAAGAAAGAAGGGAUUGCUGCUGACAAUAUUGGCUUUGGAAGUGGUGGAGCUUUGCUGCAGAAGUUGAACCGAGACACCUUCAAGUGCGCUUUCAAGUGCGCAGAGAUCACAAUCAAUGGUGAAAGCCGUGAUGUGUUCAAGGACCCGAUCACCGACAAGGGCAAGGCCUCGAAGAAAGGUCGUUUGACCUUGCAGCUGGCUUCUGAGACGACGGGCUUCUCCGACGCUGACAAGUACCAGCCUCGCUCAGACAAGAACCCAGUCCCUGGAGGAACUGGCUUCUUGCAUUACAGUUCGGACAACAAGUUCGUCACCGUCGCUAGCGGCAAGGGCGAUGCAUCGAAGGACAUCAUGGUUGACGUUUUCAAGGAUGGCCAGUUGCUUGUGGACUACACCUUGGAGGAGAUUCGCGCCAAGGCUGACAUCAAGAAUGGCCCUUUCGGAGGAGGUCCAGCAUAG